AUGCAAGGUGCAUCUGAAACUACAAGUGCCACACAAAAUGUGAAUGUGGGUGGCCAUGGAGCGACACCGGUCACCGAUCACGACCUUGAUCGCUUCGCAAACUUGACUAGUCGUUUCAACCCCAAGUCUUAUCGUGGAAUCAACAAGCUGUUCAACGAGCUGAUUCAAGCGGCUCGUGGAAAGAAUUUGAAGCUCGACCAGGUCCGUGCGCCAAUGGCUUCAACACCAAAGCUGGUGAGCAGUAUGCCAGCUUACACAAAACGCCACGAUCCUGGCUGUCUCAACUGGCAGCUCAAGUAUAGGGCUCCUAACGACGUCAGAAAUUUCUGUUACGAGGAUGUCUUGGCCAAUUUGAAGGAGAAGGUGAAAGAUAUGUGGCGGGACACAGAGUCAGAUCAGUGGGUAGAUCUCUUGACCCUUGCCUUACAGUCAGGACUCCACCCCAGAGAUUUGUUCACUCAGAAUGAACUCGGUGAAGAAUGGUAUCGAAAUACAGUUCUUGGAGAGAAGUUUGCAACUGAAGACCAUGACCUCUAUGGUAACCAAUUCUUGUAUCCAGGAGAAGGAUUAGCAUUUCCUCCCGACGAUGAAGAAAAGAAGAAAGAGCCUGCAGAACCUGUCAUAGACAACAAGUACUUCGACGAUCUUCACUAUUACAAGCACAUGAGACCCGAAGCCGCCGAUGCAAGAGCUGUGUUCCUCUUCGAGGAAAUCCGUCAGCGAAAUCUCUUCAGUUUGCUCCAAGAGGUCAACACUGAGGGUUUCACGGGAGAGCCUGGAAACGACCUGAACGCUGAUAAAUUACUAGAUGACAUGGAGACGAGCACCGAUGACCUACACGCUGCCAUCGAGCAAAGUGGCUACCUUUGGACUGGCAGACGAAAAGCACUGUGUGGCCUCUUCGACAUGAUUCACCAUGCAAGAGCUGCCAUUGAGAACGACAUGAUAGCUGAAGAGGACUGCCGAACCCCUCAGAGUCGAGCAGACUAUGAAUUUUUCUUCAACACGAUGGAGGUAUUGGUUGCACAUCGCUUCCCUAGGUGCACCAAGUUCGGCGUCUUCAGUGACAUUGAAGACCCGAAAGGUUUGACGGUCAUCGACUGUGAAGAGUAUGCAGCUCGUAUGCGGGGGGCUAAGGGCUGGAUCUUCCACAGUCCGCCACCAUCGGCAUGUCAAUCGAUGUCUGAGAUAUCGUACACGGCUGCUCUUCAACCAUGGCAACGCAAAUCACAGAAGUACAGCUAUCGGCAGUCGCUGCGAAAGAACCGACGAAAGGUAGCGCCGAGGAGCGUUGCGCGCCGAGCCAGGGAUGCCAAUACGGCGAUGGAGACUUGA